GAUUGUGGAACAGCAGUGGGGGGAGGGGAUCUGCAGCACCAGCCCCCCCCCGCCCCCCCCCCCCCCCCUUUCUCCUCCACCCCUGCUGCGGGAGCAGCAGUGGGGGGGAGGGGAUCUGCAGCAGCAGUGGGGGGAGGGGAUUUGCAGCAGCAGUGGGGGGAGGGGAUUUGCAGCAUCAGCCCCCCCCCCCCCCCCCCCCCCCGCCCUUUUCUUCUCUCUCUCUCCCUGCCGCACCCUGUGUUGGGAGGGAGGGGGGAGCUUGGAGGUUCAGAGGGAGGCAGGAGGGGAUCUGCAGCACCAGCCCCCCUCGCCCCCCCCCCCCUUUUCUCCUCCACCAUUGCUGCGGGCGCAGCAGUGGGGGGGAGGGGAUCUGCAGCAGCAGUGGGGGGAGGGGAUUUGCAGCAUCAGCCCCCCCCCCCCCCCCCCCCCCCGCCCUUUUCUCCUCUCUCUCUCCUUGCCGCACCCUGUGUUGGGAGGGGGGGGGGAGCUUGGAGGUUCAGAGGGAGGCAGGAGGGGAUCUGCAGCACCAGCCCCCCCCCGCCCCCCCCUUUUUCUCCUCCAUCCCCCUGCUGCGGGUGCAGCAGUGGGAGGAAGGGGAUCUGCAGCAGCAGUGGGGGGGCGGGGAGUUGCAGCAUCAGCCCCCCCCCCCCCCCCCCCACUUCUCCUCCCUCCCCCUGCUACGGGUGCCGCAGUGGGGGGGAAGGGAUCUGCCAUCCCCCUGCUGCGGAUGCGGCAGUGGGGGGAGGGGACCUGCAGCACCUGCCUCCCCCGCCCCCCCUUCUCCUCCAUCUCUCUGCUGCGGGUGCAGCAGUGGGGGGAGGGUAUGGGGGUGGCGGGUGUGGCCAACCUGCUGUCGCCCGAGCGGCUUCUGCACCGCCCCCUUCUCCUACCUCCCCCCCUGCUGCGGGUGCAGCAGUGGGGGGGGAGGGGAUCUGCAGCACCAGCCCCCCCCCCCCCCCCCCCUUCUCCUAUCUCCCCCUGCUGCGGAUGCGGCAGUGGGGGGAGGGGACCUGCAGCACCAGCCCCCCCCGCCCCCCCCCCCUUUUCUCCUCCACCAUUGCUGCGGGCGCAGCAGUGGGGGGGAGGGGAUCUGCAGCAGCAGUGGGGGGGCGGGGAGCUGCAGCAUCAGCCCCCCCCCCCCCAGCCCCCCCCCCCCCCCCCACUUCUCCUCCAUCCCCCUGCUGCGGGUGCAGCGGUGGGGGGGAGGGGAUCUGCAGCCCUGUGCUGCCCUGCAGCCCUGCGCGCCCUGCUGUCCUGCUGCCCUGCGCGCCCUGCGCGCACUGCAGCCCUGCGCGCCCCGCGCGCCCUGCUGCCCUGCAGCCCUGUGCCCCCUGCUGCCCUGCAGCCCUGUGCGCCCUGCUUCCCUGCUGCUGCCGCUACAGCCCUUGCUAUUGCUGCUACAGCCCUUGCUGCUGCCCUGUGCGCCCCGCGCGCCCUGCAGCCCUGCGCGCCCUGCGCGCCCUGCUGUCCUGCUGCCCUGCGCGCCCUGCGCGCACUGCAGCCCUGCGCGCCCCGCGCGCCCUGCUGCCCUGCAGCCCUGUGCGCCCUGCUGCCCUGCAGCCCUGUGCGCCCUGCUGCCCUGUUUGCCCCGCGCGCCCUGCUGCCCUGCAGCCCUGUGCGCCCUGCUGCCCUGCUGCCCUGUGCGCCCCGCGCGCCCUGCAGCCCUCACCUCGCGGCGCAUCGCGCGCACAUGGUUCAGGUGUUCUCAUGGGAACUGCCACUCAUCGCCAUCAUCGGCAUCGGAUGCGGCAUCCUCGCUAUAGUCGCCGUCGUCCUCGCUAUAAUGAUUUACUGCUGCUGCUGCCUCUAUCGAGCCCCCAAGAAGCCGCGGCGCCCGAAUGACGAGGAGGCGCGGGGUCGAGUCUCCGCGUCGCAAGCAUCGCCACACCACAAGCCCGCCCUAGCGUACCACCGCAACGGUUCCGCCUUGCCUCCCGCGGGCUCACCCGGCCUGCAACCGCAGCUGCCGUAUUCACCGCAGCCCCCCCCGCGCCAGCUUCUUCCGCCAGCGGCACCGGUUGGGGGACCGCCGCGAGUGGGGGCACCAGGCGCAGUCGCGGUCGCGGUCGCGGGCGCGGGCGUGGCGGCUGGGGUGGCGGCGAGGGCGGCGGCGGGGAAGCCGCUGGCGAAGUGGGAGGAGGACCUGCGGGACGGGCUGUUCCGCAAGUACUCGCUGCACGAGAUCCGCUCCGCCACGUGGGGCUUCAGCCGCGGCAACUUCCUGGGCGAGGGCGCGUUCGCGACGGUUUACCGCGGCGUGGGGCAGUCGGGCGCGCAGUGGGCCGUGAAGCGGUCCAAGACGGCGCUGCCGCCGGGGUCUUCGGGCGCGGGCGACUUCGAGAAGGAGGUGAUGACGAUCUCGCGCCUGUCGCACAAGAACCUGGUGCGACUGCUGGGGUACUGCGUGGAGGACGCGGAGCACAUCCUCGUCUACGAGUACGUCCCGGCCGGCACGCUCUCCACCGCGCUCGCGCGCAAGGGCCCGCCGUACCUGACGUUCAAGGAGCGGCUGAACAUCGCGCUGGGCACGGCGGAGGGGCUGCAGUACCUGCACACGGCGGCCGUGCCGCCCGUGAUCCACCGCGACAUCAAGCCCGACAACAUCCUGCUGGACGCGCGCAUGCGCGCAAAGGUCGCGGACUUCGGGCUGCUCAAGUUCAUUCUCGAGGGCAAGGAGGGCGCGGUGACGGGCGAGAUGGAGUCGCUGUACACGCGCGUGGCGGGCACGCCGGGGUACCUGGACCCCGAGUACCACUGCACCGCCAAGGUGACGGUCAAGGGCGACGUGUACAGCUUCGGCGUGCUGCUGCUCGUGCUCUUCACGGGCCAGCGCGCCAUCAUCGCGCCCUCCAGCCUCAUGUCCCUCGGCGCGGGGUCCGCGGGGAGCGCAGGCGCGCCGCCAGGCCAGUUGGAGGGCGGCAGCGGGCCGGGGGAGGGCAGUCGCACCCCCGAGAGCCGCCGGAGCGACUCACGUGGAGUUGCGGGAGGCGGGUCGCCGGCGGGUUCGGAGGGCGCGGAGUGGCAGUCAGGGCCCGUGCACAUCUCGGCGUGGGUGGGUCCGCUGGUGCAGGCGAAGAUGGUGGAGCGCGUGGCGGACCCCAACCUGGGCGGCGACUACGACCGCGCCGUGCUGCUCAAGGUGCUGCAGGUCGCGCUGCAGUGCAUCCGCGCGUCCUCCAAGGCGCGCCCCGACAUGUCCGCCGUCGUGCGCUGGCUCGCGGACCUGCGCGAGCAGGUGGUGCAGCAGGAGCGCGCGGCGCUGGCGGCGUCGCGCGGGGAGGCGAGCGAGGAGGGCGAGGGGUCGGAGGGGUCGGGGUUCGCGGCGGAGAAGCUGUGGCGCGCGCCAUGGCUGCUGGAGGAGAGCGGUGAGGCGGACAGCUCGGCGAGCGCGCAGGGACGAGAGCAGUCGGCGGUCGAGACUUCCAUGGCGGCAAGUAGCGUUCCGGAGGAGAGCUAUGAGGCGAGUGUGGAGUGGAGUGCGGUGAAGAGGGGUGACGAGGACAGUGCCUGGUCGGAUGUGCAGCCAUCAGAAGGCGCGGCUGCUGCGGUUGCUGCUGUUGUUGGCGGUGGUAGCUCAGGAGUGCAUCGUCCUCUGCCCUCUUUAAGCGAGGGCGGUGAGGGCGGGGCGUCUUUACCGGGGCGGACAGGGGGAGGAAGCAGCGUGCAGGAGUCAGCGCAAGCCACAGGGUACGCCUCUGAGGGCGGUUCCCGUGCUGCUGUUAGUAGCGCUGGUGCCUUCGGUAUGGGAGACAGGUCUGCUUCGGCAACGAAUGAUGCCACAGAAGCAGAGGCCGCGGCGGCAGCUGCUGCUGCUGCUGCUGCGGCUGCAGGGCGGCAGGGAAGGGCUCGAGCCACUGGAACUGCUGCAGGCACCCCUGUUGCUGUGCAGCCCACUGCAUAUGCUUCCGCCCGAGCCCCUCUCUCGCCCCGUGCUGCUGCUGUCCCGCCAGGUACAGGCGCCGUGGCACGGCUGCCUGCGACGUCCGGCGCAGCAGGGUUUGCGACGGGGUACUAUGACUCGGGUGUGCUGGCCACGCCCACACUGCCGCACACAGAGCAGUCUGAGGUGACGCCCAGGUAG